AGUACACCAAGCACAAGCAGUGAUCGCUCCUGCACUGUCAUAGCUUACUACCGGGAGUGAGCACUGGGAGGAGCAGGGCGGCUGUGGGUGUGAUUGGGGAAGAAUGGGAGGAAGUCGCAGGACUUCUCUCCACCACCAGUAACUUUGUUUCCUGCUCCGUGUAACUCUCAGCUGCCAGAGGGGACAGACAGAUGACAGAGCAUACAGCAGCACCUGGAAGCUGGCAGAGCAGCUGAGGCUGAGCCAUGGAAGACUUUAGAACUGUGGCUUACAACAUCUUCUCAGUAUGGCUCUCCGUAAUUAUCGUCUUUAUAAUGUUGCCUUCUAUGUUUGGCAUUUCCCUGGGGAUUUCGGAGGUGUACAUCAAGAUCCUAGUUAAAACGAUUGAGUGGGCAGCGUUAAGACUUCAGAAAGGUUUUGAAGAGCAGAAUAAACUUAGAACGAUGGCAUCUAACGGUAUCAUUCAGAGAGAUGAAUCGCCAAUGGAGACAGAGAUUGUAGGAUUGAGGCAAAGCAGAAGCCAGUGCUUACAGCGUGGGGAUUUUGAGUUGUCUGAUGCCUUCUACUUCUCUAAAAAAGGGUUUGAAGCUAUUGUGGAAGAUGAGGUAACCCAGAGGUUCUCAUCAGAAGAGCUCAUAUCGUGGAAUCUUCUAACUAGAACAAACUACAACUUUCAAUAUCUCAGCUUCCGGGUCACCGUUAUUUGGGUGCUUGGCGUGUUUGUUCGUUACUGCAUCCUCCUACCUCUGCGGGUCACCCUAGCUACUAUUGGCAUCAGCUGGUUAGUCGUGGGAGCCAGUCUUGUUGGGCAACUGCCAAACAGCAGGGUGAAAAGCUGGCUCAGUGAAAAGGUGCAUCUGGUGUGCUGUCGGAUCUGUGGACGCGCACUCUCAAGUGCCAUUGAGUACCACAAUAAAGAAAACCGUCCCAAGAAAGGAGGCAUUUGUGUUGCCAACCACACAUCUCCAAUUGAUAUAAUUAUUUUAGCUAAUGAUGGUUGCUAUGCUAUGGUUGGACAGAUUCAUGGAGGACUUAUGGGAGUUAUUCAAAGAGCUAUGGCAAGGGCAUGUCCUCAUGUGUGGUUUGAACGUUCUGAAAUGCGUGAUCGCCACCUUGUGACAAAAAGACUGAGAGAACAUGUGCUAGAUAAAGAAAAAUUGCCCAUUUUGAUUUUCCCAGAAGGAACCUGUAUCAAUAACACAUCUGUUAUGAUGUUCAAAAAAGGAAGUUUUGAAAUUGGUGGGAUCAUAUAUCCCGUUGCAAUAAAGAUGAUGUCAUCCACCCAGGCCAAUAUACCAACUAGACCUAGAUCAGACUUCGGGGAAUGUGGCAGUUUUAUGGACUCUCAGUCAUAA